GGUCUGUUGUCAAAUAAUGUGAGGUAGGUCAAAAUGUUUUCCUUUCUUUAUAGCUAUAACGAUUUGGUUCAUGAGAAAUGAGAGCAUUUGAAAGAAUAGCUACCGACACUAUUAGCCAUUUUGUACAUAUGUGUACGGUAAAAGUAAACAAAUACGCACGUAAGGGAAGUGUUUGUAGUCAAGAAGUUCAUAGCACACUUUCGCACAAUAAAAUUGCUUUUCCUUUUGAAAAUUUACCACUGUGAAAUCUAAAAUCGUUUUUGGUGUUUAAACUGGCGGAAAAGGGGCGAAUUUGCGUCAGAGUUUCAAGUGCUGUCAAGGUUCUCGCUUGUAUUCAUCACGACAACUGCAAGUUCAGAGGUCAUAAAUCACGCGAGUACCGUAAAUGUUUUCCGUUGUAAAAACUCGCAGUUUCAAUUGCCCCAGAAUUUUAUUUCACAGAUUGAUAGGGGAAACAUUGCUCUUUCUCUGGAAUACCAUUUUUGUAAUGAAAGCCAUGUACCAGGAAAGGAUUUUCGCCGUUGAAAAAUGACAAAAUUGAUGGUUGCGAUAAUGCUGAUUUAGAGGGUAAUUUUGAAAAAAUAUUAAAAAAUCAGAUUGAAAUCUUUUGAAAUUGUAACAACGUUUAGGUAGAAAGGAAGGAUCAUAAAAUUGUUUAAUGUAAGAAAAGUUAUGGUAUUAGUUUCCGUUUCCAUUCACGAAGCGAGGGUAUCAAGCACAUUUUUCGGUGGUUUGAAGGCCUCUCGAAGGUGAAAAUUAAAAAAAAUUAUUAUUUUGGAAAAUAUUGAGUCAAACGAACUGAGUCUUGUAUUUUCUAAAAUAGUUUCCAAAGGGCUUUGUUGUGACAAAGUUUGGGGGAUUUCGAUUUUUCCAUCUUGCACACCUAUCCGUGGUAUUUACAGAAAGUCGCUCUUAAGAAGGGAGGUUGAAAUACUAAAUGGGCCACAAGCCUUGGUUGAACUUGGGGACAUAAUUACAGCUGAUUUCAUUGCUAUGUAUACACCCGGAUUUUCAGACAUGAUUCGACGGUCAUGAUUCGACCCGUCAUGAUUCGACACUAAUCACGUGACGUAUCGCUUCGCAGUACGUAAACGGUUGCAGUUGUGCCGUGGGAUCCGAAACAGUGAGAGAAAAAUCUGGCCGGCAAGGAAAGCUUAGCACUAAAGGACAUAAGUGUAACGAAGCUAGAAUCCCGACAAAUGCGCUUUACCCGGAGAGGAAAGCUUUGUUGCCUGGAAAGCAGCGACAUGAUACAGAAAUUAUGAUAACAUGUGAUCAGUUGAUAAACCUGGAGUUCGAUUGCCGAGUUCGAAUGUAUUUCUGUAGGCGAUUCCAUAAUGGACGAAAUAUUAUCAAUACGGCGAAAAGCGAAAUAGUCCGAUGGUUUAUCGUUUAGUCUUCUUCCGUUUGACAAGGUUUCGUUAUUUUGCCGUUGGUGAACACCACCUGCAAUUCACACGUAACAGUGACGCAAAUUUAGUUAAAAGGGAGGCAAAUUUGUAUUUCUUAAAGUUGGUACUUUUUCGUCGGUACUUAGCUUCUGCAGGGUUAAAAAAUAACAAGAAAACUUGACGUUUUGCAGAAGAAAUCAACAGAUAAAUUGAUCAGUCUGCCGAUGUGAAACAAUUUGCUGGAGAGUUUGAAAGUUUUGUUUUGUCAACCAUUGACAAAUAUCACAAUGUCAGUCGAUCCUCGACCUAUGACCCUAGUGAGCACAAAUAAAGAAAACCAUACAUAAAAGAAAGCAACAUCUUUUUUUUUUGAAAAAGGAUAAAAUAUGAUAUUUCUUUAAAGAUCAAGGUAGAAGCCCAAAAAAAGUUGAGAAAAGAGCCGAAAAACUUAUUGAUCAAGACGUCCACACGCCCGAUAACAUGUAUUGCGAUUAUAUUGCGUGACUUGUAUGAGAGGCUGUUGUCUGAAAAGGAGAACAAAUUAUGGAUCACAGUCCUCUUUUUCUGAAUUACAAGAGAAACAUUCAAGCUAUCAAUAAAAGUAACUUUCAGAUUGUGUGCUUUGAUUCCUGAAGGAUAUUCAAGGUAAAAUACUGUACUGCUUGGUAACCUCUCGGUCGAAUCAUGACGGUCGAAUCAUGACCGUCGAAUCAUGUCUGAAAAUAAGGGUGUAUACACAGCACUGAAAUCAGCUGUAAAUUCUCAAUCUCAGUUGAAUUAGUAGGUGAUGAGAAAAAACUAGAGGCCUGGGGUUUAUCUAGCAUGAGGUGCAACCGAGAGCAAUUGUAGCCUCUUGAGUGCUCUCCAAACUUCCCAAGUGCUAAAUAUCUCGACAUAAGCACAGCUGAAGCAUGAACUAUUAAAUUUUCAUUAACAUAAUCCAAGCGAUCAAUGCAGCAGUUAACUUAAAAAUUUAUUACUGUAACCCGCGCUCAAAGCAGUACACGUCAAUAUUUUAAGAUUAUGUUUACUCAAGUCGCUUAAGAUAACUCUCAAAAAGAUUGUAAAAUCCAUAUUGAGGUGCCGGAAAACUAUUAAUUCACCGAAAAAUUAUUUUUGGGAGAAACAACUUUGCAAAGAAUGACCUGCACUCGGAGUCGCCCGCACAGCUCGCAGCGAGAUGACAGCAACAACAGCAACAACAACACUCACCUCUUUUCCCUUCUAUCGGUUAACAAAUUCAAAAGUUUUCUCUUACAUUUACCUUAUAAACACAUAGUAAACGCUUCAUCGUGUACUGUUGAGCUUUAGAUACACUUAGGAGGAUUGCUAAGUACACAAGAACUCGAGGUAUAGUUUAUUGACGUCAUCAGCGUGCUCAAUGGGAAUAUGUAGCACGCUUGCGCUAUUGAAUUUGAUUAGGCGAAUAUUCUAGCUAUGUUAUAAAUCCUAAAUAGUAUGGACGAAGGAGGUGGUUUCUCAGCAAAAACCCUUUGGAAAAAGCCGAUUUCGUUUGCUAACUGACCCCGGGUAACUGAGUGGUCUGGCAAUGGUCCGACCCGCCAGUUCUGACAAAUGGAAAGCGCUUUCAGUCAUUACUUGAGCACAGAAUUAAUCAAAACAGCAGCAUCCUGGAGGCUAAGGAUUCUCAGAAAAAAGCAAUUAAAUGCAUGAUUAUUCAGAUCAUUUGGUUGGUAUAAACUUGUCUCAUUUUAAAUGAACAUUUUGUUUUUAGAUCUUUACGCAGCUGAAAGAAAGGCUGAAGCGAGAACAUUUUUCAACCGCGUCAUCACACCUUUCCUUGACCAGUCAGAAGACGGGAGAAUAUUAGAGUCUGUAUUCGUACAUAUGAUUAAAGAUGAGGAGAAGAAAGGUCAAGUAUUACCAGCGAGACGGCUCCUUACACCGGUGUCUUCCAAAGAAGACGUCAUCGAAGCUGUCCUUAAAGCAAAAAGAGAAAAGAAAGUGCUUCGUGUCGCUGGAUCUGAGCAUUCUGUACGCGAUGCCAUUUUCCCUGAAGAUGGCGUUACACUGCUGCUCACGGGGGAUUUACGAAAAGUAGAAAUACUAAAAGUGAAAAGAGAACCUUUCAAGAAAUGGCUGUACUGUCGCAUUGGAGCAGGCUGUUACCUGGGCAAAGAUCCUUUGGAUCCUCACUCAGAUCUUAAGAAUUCAGCCUGCUAUCAGGUAGCUGUGCAAGGUUUUGGCUUUCCAGAGCUAGGAGGCAUCAUACAACAAUCAGUCGGUGGCUUUAUCAUGACAGGUUCUGCAGGGGGAAGCUUAAAGCAUGGCUUUGCUGAUGUGAUCCAAGAGAUCGAGUUCGUGGACGGGAAUGGUCAGGUGCAGAUUGCAAAGCCUGGGACGGACCUUUGGUCUGCCGUUGGUGUUUCCAUGGGACUCUUCGGCAUCAUAACCCACGUGACAUUUCGCCUUCCUGAAAUGAAGCUUAUUGAAGGAAAAGAGUCAGAUCAUCCAUUUGAUGAGUCUCUGAUUGGACCCAACAACGAAGGGAAAAGUAAGCUGAAGGAGAGUCUAGAGAGUCACGAAUACAUGCGAGUUAACUGGUUCCCACAGAAGGAAGUGCAGCGAGUCCAGCAGUGGGUUGGAAAGCAAACUUCCAAAGGAGACAUUAUUCCUUACAAUUCCAUCUUGUCCAACAUCCUUGCCGCUGGAAUGGCCGCCAUAGCCUUAGCAAUCUGCAAUUUCCUUGUUGAAAAGCCAGACCCAACAGCCAUUGAUUAUGAUAUCAUCGGUGCCAUUUUGCGAGUAUUCGUUCCCCUGGGUAAACCAAAGCCAUUUCGUGGCAUCUGGUUUGAAACCUUACCCAUGGAUAACGAGGCACACACGGAUUCGAUUAUCAAAGUGGAUUUCACAGAGAUCUGGAUGCCUCUUGACCAGUGUCAGACCGUCAUGGACAAACUCGCCAAGCUCUUUGAGAAUCAGAAAGCGGCUGGCAACUUUGCGACUGAGAUUUACAGCGCCAAGGAGUCUCCAUUCUGGCUGAGUAUGUCAUACAACCAGAAAAUGGUGCGUGUUGAUCCCUACUGGUGGGCUUACAACAAAGGCAACAAACGGGAAUACUUCUCCUAUUUCUGGGAUGUUCUACUGGAUAUUCCUGGGACUCGUCUGCAUUGGGGAAAGUACCUACCCCUUCCUGGGCAGAAAUGUGGAAAUACGACAUUCAACUUGGCUCAUCUUAAAAGUGUGUACCCUAAGAUGGAUGACUGGUUAAAGCUUCGCGAGGAAAUGGAUCCAGAUCAGGUGUUUGUUUCUGACUACUGGCGUGGUAUUCUUGAAAUACCAGUUAAGAGCGAGUAGACGCUUAUGUCAUGUACUGUCUCUAAUGACAUUCUUUGCCAUUCUUAAUUGAAUGUGACUGAAAAGCAAAGAACAAAAGCAAAUCUUUGAAAAUAUUACUUCUGCAAUGUGAUUCAGCGAUAGAACAAUAACACGUAAACUCAUUUUGAUCACCCUGAUAAAACGGUAUUAAAACGAGGCAGCUGAAAUUUCCGCUGCAAUGGCUUAUUUGUGAUCCGUUAAAAGUUAUUUAUUGACCAUCGCAAUUGUUUUAAGAAUCAAUUUUGAUCAGGUCUCAGUGCGAAUUAUUUG